AUGGGAAAGGACAACAACAAGAAAAGAAAGGGAAAAAGAACAGGAAACAAAGAAAGAAAACACCCUUUAAACAAAACAAAAGAGAACAAAAAGAAAAAUGAAUCAAAACCAAAGAAGUCAUUCAUAAAAAUCACAAACUCUUCAGUUCCUGCUGCUCGUUUUAAAAAUAAAGUAAGUAAAAUUACAAGCGUACUUGCUACUGGAUCUCGAUUUAAUGGGAAAAAAGUACUAAGUGCACGUCAAGUCCAGCAAGGAAAAGAAACAAAUCAAUACAAAACCUCAGCUAAACGAAUUAAACAAUUACGGCGGGAUGGUGUUCCAAAAAAAGUAAUUGAAGCAAUGCUUCAAAAAGAAGCAAAAGCCAAAAAGCAUUCACAAAAGAAAAGAAAUGUAAGAUUGGGAAUUGAUUAA